GAUUUCUAAUUCCGCGUUUAGUUAAUUCCCGGUGUUUUGCUUUUUUAUUGUUUAUGCCGUUCAUUAAUAAAAAAUAAAUAUGUUUGAAGUUGAACCCAUAAUUGUUGAUCACAAGGACGUUAUACACGAUGUUGUGUUCGAUUACUAUGGCCGGCGAAUGGCAACUUGUUCCAGCGAUCAGACUGUCAAAAUAUGGGAUGAAAAUGAACAGGGCAAAUGGUCGGUGACUUCCAGUUGGAAGGCUCAUUCUGGAUCCAUAUGGCGAGUUUCAUGGGCACAUCCAGAAUUUGGUCAAGUUUUGGCCACAUGUUCUUUUGAUCGCACAGCAUCCGUAUGGGAGGAAGUAUUGGGGGAAAAAGCUGCCGCAACAAUGACACCGGCACGUCGUUGGGUCAAACGAACAAUAUUGGUGGACUCACGUACCAGCGUAACAGAUGUGGAGUUUGCUCCUAAAUAUCUAGGACUUCUAUUGGCCACUGCAUCGGCAGAUGGUGUGAUACGCAUUUAUGAAGCCCCCGAUAUAAUGAAUUUAAGUCAAUGGUCAGUGCAGCAUGAAAUUACCAAUAAAUUGCCCCUGAGUUGCUUGUCUUGGAAUACAUCAAUGUAUAUGAUGUCUUCACAAUUGUUGGCUGCUGGAAGUGACGAAACCGCCACAGCAACCGGUAAAGUCUUCAUAUUUGCCUAUAGCGAAAAUGCACGUAAAUGUAUUAAGGUGGAUACAAUCAAUGACAUAACAGAUCCUGUAACCGAUUUGGCCUUUGCUCCAAAUGCUGGCCGAAGUUUUCAUAUGUUGGCUGUGGCCAGUAAAGAUUUGUACAUUGUCAAUAUAAGGGGUUCAAGUGAUGCUUCUGGUGCAAUGAAGUUGGAUAUACAAACAGUGAAACACACAGAUCACAAUUGUCCCGUAUGGCGUGUUUGCUGGAAUAUGUUGGCCACCAUGUUAAUAUCCAGCGAUGAUGGAUGCGUACGCAUUUGGAGAAUGAAUUACAGUAAAAAGUGGAAAUGUGCUGCUGUCCUUAAAGCCGAAGGCAGUGGUCCACCUUGUGAGCCAGCUCUUAAUUCGCCUUCAUUUACAACUUCGGCGGCGGCAACAGCCAAAUACUACAAAAAGGGAAUUAUUAGCAAUCCCAAUCAAGUGCCAUGGCAUUAAAAACACACACACACAAACACAAAUACAACCCUCAAAACAUAACACAUCUCCAAAAUUCAAAUUAAAUGCUGACAUAUAUGCCAAAUCAGCCGAUCUGUUAUGAAUGAAGUAAGUUUUAGUUUAUUGUUCUUUUCCUAUUUUGUUUUUGUAAUAAAACCCAUAUUAAAAGAAA